GAACGAGGGGGGGUUGACCGGAAACGUCGCGAGAGGGGACAUAAUUUCACCGCGGGACGAGAGCGAAGCGGGGCGGGGAGCGUACCGAGUAAACGAAAACCGCUACCCAACAGUUUAAAGUCAAUAAAAGCCGCGAUCCGGGAUGUUUCUUUAAAGCGCCCGAAGCGAAUUAACCCGCGGGGCGGUGGUUCGAGGAAACAAGAUGGUGCCGCCCAGGAGGGCUGACGCGUGACGCAUGAUGAUUGACAAGACCCCGCAGCGAAUCGGAUCCAUGCCUGUGCGAGCAGACAGACCAAUCACAGCAAGGGAUAGGCGGGCCGUCCUGUCUGUACUGCUUCCCUUAAGUAUUAAAAGGAUCACAUUGGAAUGAAUUAAAGUCGGCCGAAUUUUUUUUAAUGAGCUGUACAGAGUCAAUGGGGUAAAAGGGCCCUUCUGCUCCAGAGGUGUGGAACAUUUAUUUAUCUUUGAAUUGGUGGACAAGAAACAUCUAAACCUGUUAUGGGUGCAGGAUCACCUGUGGUGCAGUGGUAGUGACCUACCUCUGAGCUAGGAGACUCAAGUCCACAGCCUCAGAACCGAAAACAGGCGCUGACUCUGGAAGUGAGAGCUCAGAGUCUCAAGGAGAAACGAGUGAGCCAUCCCAUGUUUCUGAAAUGGAUUUUCUGAGGAACUUGUUGUCACGUUCACUCAAUCUGCGCGAACAUCAACCCGAGAAGGCUUUGGAAGAACUUAGCAUCGAAGGAAUAGCAAAAUACAUCCUGCACAAAAAAUGUGAGAAGAUUAUAUGCAUGGUUGGAGCUGGCAUAUCGACAUCGGCAGGGAUCCCUGACUUCCGCAGCCCUGGUACUGGCCUCUAUCACAACCUGCAGAAAUACAACCUGCCCUAUCCAGAGGCCAUCUUUGAAACUGAUUACUUCAAGCAACACCCAGAACCGUUCUUUGCACUGGCGAAGGAGCUGUACCCCGGGCAGUUUAAGCCCACAGUUUCCCAUUAUUUCAUGCGGAUGCUAAGGGACAAGGGACUGCUGUUACGAUGUUACACACAGAACAUUGACACGCUAGAACGUGUCGUUGGACUACAGGACGAGGACUUGAUAGAGGCACACGGGACAUUCUACACCUCCCAUUGCACUAACCGCACGUGCAAUAAGCUGUAUAACUUGGACUGGAUGAAAACACAGAUCUUCACAAAGCCACUGCCAAAAUGUGAAGAGUGCAAUUCCGUCGUGAAACCUGAUAUCGUGUUCUUUGGUGACAGUCUCCCCCAACGAUUCUUUGCGACUAUAGAGUCCGAUUUUCCAAAGUGCGACCUCCUCAUCAUCAUGGGCACCUCCCUGCAGGUGCAACCAUUUGCGUCUCUCGCCAGCAGGGUGUCUGACACAACACCCAGGCUUCUCAUUAACAAGGAAGUCACUCAACAGAGUGACCCAAUGAUGGCAUUACUCGGACUUGGGAGUUCCUUUGACUUUGAUUCCAGCAAAGCCUACAGGGAUGUGGCUUAUGUGGGUUCAUGUGAUGAUGGCUGUCUUGCCCUCGCUGAUCUUUUGGGUUGGAAGGAAGAGCUUGAAGAUAUUGUGAAGAAGGAACAUGCUGUGAUAGAUGGUCAGGCUGAGGGUGCACAGGACACUGCCAAACUCCCAGCCGCAGACGUGAAGAAAGAUGAUCCCAAGCCCAAGGAACGCGAGCCAACAGCAGACACCAGGGCAGAGAAACCAGCUGGUUAGAAAGGUGCCAGUCAGUCCGAUCACCGUCUCACCCAGUCAAGAGGUUGUCAGAGCAGGGGAGAUAACCUGGUACGGCUCUAGUAAUUUAUAUUAACUGCUUUAUGAGUGACUGUACAACCAUGGGACUGAUUCUCCCUUCCACACCUAUUACACUUUCAACCUUGUAGGUUUUCACAUACAUGAUUCUUGUCACUGUUUGCUACCGUGCCUCUAGAUGUCACUGGCUUUCCAUUUCCUUUGAUUGUCAGCAUCUAGGGGUGGUGGGUGGCGGAUGGGGUUGGGGGGUUGGUGGACCGGUUUGGCUGCAGCCCUCUCGGGACAGACCGGUCAGCAGCAGCCUGAGCAACCAGCUACUUCCGUUUCUGGCGAUCCUUGUGGCUCGCUCCCCCAAACCAAGCUGGGGCCGAAAACACUGCUGCCCGGGAACCAGCUCCACUCAGGACAGUUUAAAGAGAAUUGUUUUCUUUGUUAGCUUCAUUACAUAAGCCAAAAAACUCUGCAUGUACAAGUCUUAGAGAGAGAAAAACACUGGCAACUCAAAGAUUGGAGAAUUGAACCGUGUAACUAAAGGAUGAAAAAUGGCUUUGAAUUCCAGAGUGCUGAUGUUUAUAUUUUAAAUGCCUUAACCCUAACCCCUAUGACUUCUUUCUCAAUACAAAGAUACAAGUAAUAAUUAUUAUUGAUGUAAAUAUAUAUAAAUAAAAGGGUGGCAUAUUUCUGAUCCAGCUACAAAUUAAAAUUUCAAA